AUGGUAGAAGAUGCGAUCCAAUCAUUCCUCUCCUCUUACGGACAAGGCGAUACUCACAUUCCUCGCCAGCGCUCGUCUUGCUGCUGUGGCAACCCGGCGUGCGUCUACCUGAAGCAGAAUGCCAGUGCGUUGGAGGGCCUGGAGGAGGAUGUUCGGACUGCGGCGCGGUUGGGUCAGGCUCUGUUACUGCGACAUGAGACUUAUAUCGCCGACUCGGAGCGAGAGCGCAAGGCUAUGAUGGCGCAUAUUGAGCACCUCGAAGUGGAGAAGCAGACACUGGAGAAGAAGAAUGCCUCAAUCAUCGAGGAGAACAGAGACUUGUUGGACCAGCUCGAGGCGUUGAACAAUGCUGUUGGAGACUCCGACUCGCUGGUCACGGGGUUACAGGCGACAUUACAGUCUACUCAGCAGGAGCUCCAACGCUUAUCGCAGUUGGCGGUGAGAACAGAGAGGCUCGAGCAGCAGUUGCAGGAGUAUGAACGAGAGCAGGUGACUUGGCAGAGUUCGGUGGAGGCGAAGGAGGAGUCAGAGAAGUCUGCAGUACGGAGAUGGCAGCAGGCGGAGAGGACGUUGGUCGACCUCAAUGCUCAGAUUGAGCGGAUAGAGGCGGAAGCUAAAGAGGAGAGGGAGCGUCAUGUUGAGGUGGUUGGGCGCAUGGAGAGGAGACGUGCUGUGGAGAAGGAACUUACUACAGCUGCCGGGAGGCUAAAAGGUGCGGCGGCCUCGAAGACGUCGAGUGACGAUCAUGGUGGUACGAAUGUGGUGUCGCAUUUCGUCAAGGAUAUUCUGUCAGAUAACGCAAAUCUGCAGAUGGGGAUCGUUGAGCUGCGAGAGAUGCUGCAGAACUCGAACGAUGAGGUCGAGACGCUCCGGCGACAGCUUGAGGACCACCAGCCAACGCCAGAGGAUGAAGUGACGCCAGUGCAGACCGCAAUCAAGCGCAAAGACCUUCGCGACGAGCUGCAAAGAGCUUCGUCACAAGAGCUCCAUGUACACCACCAUUACCAUGCGCCACAGCCGGCGAGCAAACCACCCACGAUCCGCCGGACAAAGAAGAAACGAUAUGGUGUGCUCACGCCGGGCCACUUCACUCCACCUUCCGGCUACAGCACUCCUCGAUCAUCAAUAUCAUACGGCACGCUAUCCUCGGCAGCCACGAUACUACAACAGACCGCCGUCAGCAUCCCACAGUCCAACAGGAACCUCUUCUUGACUCAGUCCGGCCUCACCUACAACUCCUUCCCCUCCUCCUCGGGCCCAGCAUCGCCACAAUCAACCACCAACCGAACUUCAUCCAUGUUCGAGCGCGUCUUCAGCGACGCAGGACAUGAGAGUUCUCGACCUACCACACCUGGAUCUGAAGACCUGGGAUCGCCACUCAUGGCCCCAAUAGACUCGCAGCGACCUCCACUCGGCGCCUCGAAUCGCACAAAGAGCACACCUAUCGUCCACCGCCGCGGCAUCAGUCCUAAUACGAGCAAGCAGUCAUUCGCCUCCGUUCUGGGCAUCAGUCUCGAUCAAGCCAUGCUCGCCCCAGCAAUACAGCAACAACAUCACAACGCCAUUCCCGAAGAAGUGGAGGGCGAGUGGGAGAACGACGGGUCUGCACUUCUGCGAACAGCAGAAGAAGACAGCUCGUAUGUCACGUCGCCACUUUCAGACGACCUGCUCGACCCUAUACACAACACUAGCGGUGACACUUACAUACCCUCCCUCCACCGCGCUGCAUCCCACGAAUCCCUCCUCUCUGUUUCGGGAAUGGAUAUUCAUACUCUUCGUUCCCGACCCUCGCAACUUCUCGUUGUAGGGAGUGCUGGGAGGUCCGUGAGCUCAAGGGCGCAGCUCAGUAAUGCUCAGGCGCACGCGACUUCCGGGUCAAUGGCUACGCUUUCGAGACCGAGGGAUAGUGGACACUCGCUUUUAAGCGGUAUGGCUGCUGAACAGCGAUUGCACCGCAAAGCAUCUGGAGGUCUGGGGAGUAAAGUCGGUGGAUGGGUCUUUGGACGAUGGGGUGCUACACCUGCUCCUACCGUGUCUACGACUACCACUGCGGCAAGUAUCGAGCGUGCUCUAGCCAGCAAGGGUAAGAAAGCAGGAAGCCAGUCCUCGAUCAGCGAUAGGGUUCUUCCCAACGAUCCGGAGGCUACGCCCAGGAAACCGAAAGUGAGACAACCAGGUAUCAAUCAGUCGGGUCCGAUUUUUGGUUUGGGCCCGGAGGUGAAGGUAUCAAGGCCGCCGGUUAUGAAGGGGUUGGAUAGUGAGGGGUUGAGGACUGCGCUUGGGAACUAG